UAUUUUUUCAGACGUCUUUUCCAAAUUGACUGCCGACGAAGUAUGCAUAUUACUUUGCUUUUUGUCCGCUGACUCGGAUUGCCCUAAUUUCAUGAAAACCGAGUCAUGCGAAUGGCUGAGAAAACUUAACGUAAUACGGCUGCAAGUGUAUGGCAAAAGGAAUAGAUUAACUGCAGAAAAAGUCCAAAAUUCAGUGACAAAAUUAAAAUCUUUAAAAUUCCUUUAUGAUGACGAGGGGGAGCUGCGAAUUACUAAGGAAGUCUCAGACGAAACCAUUUACCGUAUUGGGAAGCAGUCUUGUGACAUUUUAUUUCAUAUAUCUAGUUUCAUGACAGCUAAAAAGUAUCUGAGAUCAAUGGAAUACAAUCGAAAGUAUGAUGAGAAAUGUGUUAACAGUAAAGAUGCUGUCGGGAAUUUCGUACUAAUAAGCCGUCUGCAGAUGGACAUCAUUUCUCAUCCUACUAUUGAAGAUACAUCAAUAUUUCACCUUGUCUCUCAGAUAUUGAAUGUUCCCGAAAAUAUUCUGCAAAAAAGUAAGAAUGAACAAUUAGAAUAUUUACACAGAUUACAGACAGAGGAAAACGACAGCUUGGGGCACGUACUUUGGAAAUGGGAAUAUCUACAAGAUGCGAGACCUAACAUAGUUAGAUCCUGCAUAGGUCUCCGUAAACAUAGUGAUAUAUAUAUCAUCGGCAACAAGGCCUAUAGAGAACCAAGCAAAUACCAUGCCUUCUCUUGUGAAGAUCGGAGUAUUCUUUACUGCCUUCUUCUGCUGGGAAAAUACACGCUUAAAGUCAAUGAGGAGUCCCAUGCAGCAAUUUUUAACAAACUCAGAGAACGAUAUUUUACAGAUCUACCAAAGUGUACUGACAUAGGGAUACCCAAAAAAUCUCUGUCUGAAAUAUCACAAACACAAGAAAAUGAAUUCACUUUUCAAUCAGACACCAUACGACAUGACGUCAUGUACGCGUUUGUAACAGAGUGUUUGACUGAGGACAGUGAUCUCGAGUUUUUCCUCUCGACAGCAUCGCAUCAGGUGAUAUUAGAAUAUUGCAGGAGCUGGAACUAUGAGAGAAGUGAAGGAGAAAGGUGUCUGUAUGUUCCAAGCUGGCCUGAAAAGCUUUAUGACCUUUUCAUAGACCGUCUACAGAUUGACACCAUUAUACACUGUCAGGCAUCGGAUAAAGUGUUUUGCGACGCAAUCCAAGCCCGUU